UUUUAAGCAACCCAAACACUACUAUAAUAUAUUCAUCCACUCGGUUUGUCGGCUGCCUCGAAACCCCUCCUUCCAGAUCGAAGACUCUUGCUCAGCUGCUCCUCCUUCCAGAUCGAAGACUCUUGCUCAGCUGCUCCAUGUUCAUGAAGGGGUGAUAAAGAUAAGGCAUGGACAGCUGCACUUUUGUCCUUUGCAUUUGGCAACAGUAGAUCAGCAGCUCCUUUUUUCUUUGCUAUUCCAUCUCAAAGAAAUAAUAAUGGGAGAUAAAAUGGAAACGAGUGAUAAUGGCUAUGAUAUGCCAAUGGAAGUGCUUAUUGAGAUCCUUAUCCACCUCCCCGUAAACUCCUUAAUACGGUUCACUAUUGUGUGUAAAUCUUGGCUUCACCUCAUUAGACACAACCCUCAAUUUGCCUUGAGGCAUUAUCUCACAAGAACCAGGCUGCCAUCAUCAUAUACACUGAUGGACAAUGUUGAUUACAUAGUUGACUACUUUGGUAAGUAUGGAAGAAGUUGCACUAAUACAACAGAUGAAACUUUGAGGAUGUUUAUUUACAAUUUAACGGUAAAGAAAACGUUUCGUCUUGUGAAGAAGAUUGAGUAUGGACCACGGGUGGAUGCAUGUGUGUCCAACUUCUGUCAUGGUAUCAUGUGUGCUUAUGUUACGUCUACAAAUUCUGGGGCUAGAGUUUUGCUUUGUAACCCUGCGAUCGGAGAGGUGCUGCCUUUGCCACUGCCCCCCAACUUUGCAACCAGAGAGACUCCGAAACUUGGGCUUGGGUUCGAUCCAAUAAAUAACAACUAUAAGAUAGUGGCAGCUCACCCACCCUCAGUUUUUGCAGGUCGUGAUUUUUGGCAGGUCGAUGUGUACUCUCUCCGAGAUGGUUGUUGGCAUAAUUUGAAUGCCCUGGGCUCACUUGUGGAGUUUAGUACCUUAACAAGUGAAGCUACUUUGAAUGCCAAUGGAAGAGUUCUUAAUUGGUUGGGUCAUCUUAAAUAUUCUACAAUGCCAGUCCAGGGAUUAUUGUCAUUUGACAUGGUGGAUGAGGUCUUUCAGGAGGUAACCAUGCCGGAAUGUUUAUAUCCAAACAGUUGGCGACAGCAUCAUAUCUUAAGCUCAAGUGGAUGUCAAGCUUGCCUUUGUUGUUCCUCUUUUCCUAGUGUUGACCUUAAAAAGGAUGAGCAUUUUAACGGCAUCGACAUUUGGGUACUAAACAGAGAUAAUGAUGAUGAUGAGAAAAUGUUGUGGCACAAGCACUUUUCUUUUACAUUUUCGGAUGAUGGACUUGUGUGGCCAGUGAAUAUUUGGUUGAGUAACCAUGAACUUCUUCUUCAUGUGCGAAAACAGGAAAUGCGUACAGAAGAGGUGUACCAUUAUGACCAUUUAACCCAUCAACUCACGCGUACUAGCCGAUUUGGCACGCUCAUGAAUGCUGAUGGUUAUACAGAAAGCCUAAUCUCGAUCAAAGGUCUCAUGCCUUCAUCAUAUCAUCAGUAUGUUGAUGAGGGAGAUGAAGAUGAGAAAGAUUAUGUUUGUUUUGUACGGGAAGUCGGUAGGAAAAACAAUGAUGUUCAUUGGUCAUAUAGCUUCAAAUUGCUUUAAGCAUUAAUAAUGGAUUACAAAACCAUAAGGGUUGCUGAUUAAUGUUCAUAUUGUAAACGAUUUAUUAUAUUAAUGUUGUAAUGGAUUUAUCAUUGCCCCUGUAUCUCAAAAAGGUUAGUCGUAUUAUACUAUUACGGAGUAUAUUUUAUCUUUUUCUAUCUUUACUGUCCCAAAAAGGUCUUCUCAUGUAUUCUUAUUUCAGAAAUUCAUGGAUUUAUUAAUUAUUAUUACUCGUAUGUCCCAAGAUACGUUUUCCCUUCUCUA